UUCCCUCUCUUUCUCCGCCCGCAGGUCCGCCCCAAGCUCCUUCUUCCCUCCCUGUGGUGCUGGCGGAGAGGGUGGAGAUGGGUACGGGAGAAGGAGGAGGAGGAGGAGGAAGACAGGAGGGAGAAGAAGGAGACGCUGAAGAAGCGGAUGAAGGAGGGAGAGUUCGCCGUAACCAAGUCCUUCUAGUGUGUCUUCCUCCUGCAUCAGAAAGAUCCAAAGAACAUUCAUCUGUCUUUGCCGCGGGAGAAGGUGACAAGGAAAACGGAGACAAAGAAAACGGGGUGCCGUGGGCUUGGGAUUUGCUGGGCCCCGCGAAGGCACUCCCCGGACUCUUGACUGGAGAAGCUGACGAGGAUGCGGCACCUGCGGAACACCUAGGGGAAGAUGCUCCGACCUGGCACCUGGAUUACCUGCACCCAAGUCUCAGCUACGACCUCGCGGGAAACAGGAUGCUUGUGUGGCUCAGGAGUGACAGAUCCUCCCACCAGUCUUCGUCCUCGUCCUCCUCAUCCUCCUCGUCUUCCUUUUCCUCGUCCUCGUCAUCUUCUCCGUCCUCUUUCCAGUUUUCGCCCUCGCUUCCGACCUCCGUCUCCUCCUUCGCAUUCUCAUCCUCCUCCUCCUCCUCUUCCUCAUCUUCCACAAUUUCCUCACCACUCACGUCAGCUCAUCCCUCUCUACCGCCUCCCUCCUCUCUACCUCCCUCCUCUCCUCCUGUCCUUUCUUCUCAUCUCAGACUCCCUCCUUCUUCUCCCGGAUUCGGUGUUGCAUCUCCCUCACCCCCUUCUCUUCCUCCUCCUCCUCCUCCUCCUCCUCCUCCUUCUCUCCUCUCCUCCGAUAUAUACUCUGAGACACCCACUGUCCAUCCUCGUAAGAGUGCCACGAGUUUGCCUGUCGCUUCCCAUCUCUCUCUCACUUCCAUCUUUUUCCAGACCGCCACACGUCUCCUUCCCACCCCGACCCCCUCCACUUCUCUCUCUCCCAUCCCAUCCUUCUCCUCCUUCAAGGCUUCCCCUCAUGAUUCCACUCCCCUCCUCUAUCCCAGUCGUGUGCAUCCCCUCACAACAACCCCAGCUUCAACCUCACCCGCCCCUUCCUUCUUGUCCUUCUUGUCCUCCUCUCCCGCUGUCUCCCUCACAACCCCGUCACUGUCUGCGCCCCAUCAUAAUGCCCCGAAGCUCCUGGCUGUCUUACGCUGUGCUGGGCCUCAGAACACCACGUCUCAGCCCCCCAACAACGCCCCCACCCACCACCACCACCACCACCACCACCGCCGCCUCCUUCAGGACUCCACCGUCGUCCACAUCUUCAAAGAGUGCGAGGCGGCGGCGGAGGGGCGUGAGAAGACCAGCAACCUCACCGUUCUCUGCCUACGACACCACCACCACACACCAUUACCAUCACCACAAGAGGAAGAAAAGGAGAGAAGGGAAGAGAAAAAAGAAAAAGGAAUCCCGUACCACCACCACGCACAACCAUCAUCACCACAACCAAAGGAAGAAGACAAAUAUGUUGAAGAAGAAAAAGAAAGUUACCACCACUACCAACAACAACAACAACCAAAACUCAACCAAAACCAACCACCACCACCAAAAGAAAACCAGCACCUCCACCACUACCAACCACAACCAUCACUAUACCCAGAUGCUCUUCCCCACAACCACCUCCUGCAUCAACACCACCACCAACCUACGCCCUCAACAACACCACCACCGCGAUACCAGGAACAGAAGACCCAGAGCACACCACCAUCACCCCAGCUUUACCUCACACCACCACCUUCGCACCCUCCCACCUGGCGAGCACCUGGCGACAGCAUCAUCAACUUCAGCAGGCGACAGAGCAAUGGCCUCGAGGAGAGAGAGACGUCACCCUCAGGAGGUCAAUUACUCCCUGAAAGAGCUUCCGACGACACGGGUAUCAGCGAAGAUCAAGAAAAGACCAACACAAUUUCUGGAGACGCCAAGAAAGAAGACGAAGGACUCGACACUGACGCAGCGGCUGUCCAGAGGCUCGAGGCUUCCGGGGAAGUGACAGGAGGAGGAGACGGAGAGGCGCCGGGGAUGGGGAGGAGGAGGAGGACAGGUAUUGAGGCCACUAGCAAGGCUACAACAACCACCACCAAUACUCCGACGCCAUCGCUUGGGAAUGGAGGAAAGGAUGAGGACGAGGACGAGAUCGAGAGGGCCAAGCGAGGACGUCUACCGUUCCUACGCGUUCUCAGUGACCAAGCGUGGCUAUCAGAAGAGGAGGAAGAGGAGGAGGACGUAGAGGUACAGGCCAUUGUUUCUCUUCGGCGAGCUUCAAGGGACCUGGGAAGGGACAUCGGCCUCAACCCUUACCAGCGACCAGAGUCCGCCCCCCAGCUGCGCUACACGCCCAUCGAGCAGACGGUGUCCCCCGGGGCGCCCGUGUCCCUCAAGUGCUCGGCCGUGGGCUCCCCGCUGCCGGUGAUCACCUGGAAGCGCGACCAGCAGCCCCUGCCGCCCUCCCACAGGACUAGCGUGGGCAGCUUUCGCACGGCGCUGGGUCAGGUGGUGAGUCACGUCAACUUGAGCGACGUUACGGUGCGGGAGGGCGGCGCCUACACCUGCACCGCCCACAACGCCCACGGCUCCCAGUCACACUCCGCCCGCCUCAACGUGUACGGCCCCCCUUUCGUACGCGCCAUGCCCAACGUGACGGCCGUGGAGGGCGAGGACGUGCAUAUCUGGUGUCCCGCCGGCGGCUACCCGACGCCCGCCAUCUCUUGGAGGAGGAGUAACCGCGCCCUCCCCGCCUCUGUCAGGCAGGAAGUGCUGAGUAAUGGAACGCUGCUGGUGCGCGCCGCGAGCAACGCAGACGCCGGCCGCUACACCUGCGUGGUGACGGGCAGGCAAGGACAGACCGCCUCCUCCCACACCUUCCUCCACGUCCUCAAGCCUCCCACAAUCGAGCCGUUCAAGUUCCGGACCGACCUGAAGGAAGGUGAGCGGACGCAACUCACCUGCGUGGUCAACUCAGGUGACCCCCCCAUGACCAUCAACUGGCUCAAGGACGGCCGCCACCUCCAGCACGACCCGGACAUAGACAGGAAGCAAGUCCACGAGUUUUCCACGGUUUUGUGGUUCAAGAAGCUGCAGGAACACCACUCGGGGUCAUACACCUGCGAAGCCGCCAACGCCGCAGCUACCGCCAACCACACGGCCUCCUUCAAAGUUAAGGUGUCGCCCCGGUGGGUGGUGGAGCCCGGGGGAGGAACGGCGCUGGUGGGGUCCACGGUGGUGCUGGACUGCAGCGCGCGAGGGUUCCCCCAGCCCAUCAUUACCUGGAUGAAGGCGCCAGGCAAGACAGCACGGGAUUUCCAGCCGCUGGUGGUGGAUGGGCUGAGGUCCUCGCAGGCGGCCAACGGGUCCCUGGUGCUGCACAAGGUGUCCCCCGCACACGCCGGCUGGUAUCAGUGCCGCGCCACCAACUCCAUAGGCAGCCCCCUCACCAAGGUGGUUCAGCUUACGGUGCAUGCCCCUGCCCGCGUGGUGACAGAGGGCGGCAGGGUGACGGGCCACGCCGGACAGGUGGUGACGGUAGCGUGUGAGGCCACAGGUGAUGACCCGCUCACACUCACCUGGCUGAGGCACCACGCGCCCAUUUCACCUGGCCACAGGGUGACGGUGAGUGAGAGCAGCGUCGGCGGCGGGGUCCGGGCGGCGCUUAAGCUGAGGGACGUGACGGCGGCCGACGCGGGGCCGUACACCUGCCGCGCCACCAACCCGCACGGGGACCACUCGCAGGUGUUCACCGUGGCCGUCAUAGAGCCCCCCCGCGCCCCCGAGGGAGUGGAGGUGACGCAGGUGGGGAGCAGGUCUGCCCGCCUUGCCUGGACGCUGCCCCAGCCCGCUGGCGUGACCAUACAGUACAAAGCGGAGGGCGAGACGUGGUCCAAGCAAGGCCGCAACGUCAGCGUGGGUCAGUGGACGGCGUCGCACAUGCUGACGGGCCUCUCGCCGCACCUCACCUAUGCCGUCAGGCUCAUGGCGCACAACGACCUCGGGGUGUCGCUGCCCUCGCCCGCCCAGAUGUUCACCACCACGGAGGAGGCGCCCUCCGGAGCCCCGCGGGACGUUAGAGUAGCAGCCUCGGGUCCUCGCUCCCUGCUGGUCACAUGGCGCGCCCCGGACUCUCGCCUCACCCACGGCGCUCUCAGGGGCUACACGCUGGCCCUGCGGCGUCAGAACCUGCAGGGACACUUCACCUUCAUCACCAGGCCCGUCACCGCCACCCUAGGAGACGCAGAGGCCGUAGAGCAGUACGAGGUGCGCGGGUUGGUGCCGGCAUCGCUGUACGAGGUGGCGGUGCGAGCGUUCACCAGGGCGGGGCCGGGGCCACUCUCCUCACCCAGGAUCGUCGACUCCACCUCCCAUGACGCUCCUUCGUGUGCUCCCGCCGGCGUGUCGUGUCGCGGGUCUGGGCGGGGCGGCGUCAGGGUGUGGUGGUCGCCUCCGCCCUCGCACUGCGCCAACGCUCCCGUCAGCGGCUACACCGUCAUCGCCACGCCCACGGAGCACGUCCAUCACACCUCAGGCAGCAGCUCGUGGGAGGUGAACACGACCAACCUGGAGAAGAACUUGGACGCGCUGCCGCCCGCCACCAACAUCAGCGUGAGGGUCAAGGCGUACAACGAGAUCGGCUUCAGCCCGCCCAGCCGACCGGUCUUCUGUGUCACUGAGGACGAUGUGCCAGGCCCUCCGAGGCACCUGCGCGUAGUUGUGACAGGCGGCUCAAGUCUCCUGGUCACCUGGUCGCCGCCACGCCCCCACACCGGUACCAUCCUGCACUACACCCUCUACUCCUCCAGGGACGACCAGGUGGAGAUGAGGGACCUGGUGGGUGCCGGCGGCUCGGAGGCCACCUGGCGGGAGCUGAACGGACUAACUCAAGCCUCCAGGAUCCAGGUGUGGGUUACGGCGACCACAGUAGCGGGUGAAGGCAGUCAGUCUCCGCGGCUCACUGCCAUACCCAAGCCAACGCCCUCCUACGCCCCUAUUGCCGUGGGCGGGGGAGGGCGUGUGUGGCGUGUUGGCGUGGGCUCCGGGGUGACGUUGGGCUGCAGAGGGCUGGGCACGCCGACCCCCAAAGUGUCAUGGAACAAAGGGGGCUCCACCAUCGGCAGCGGACCCCUCACACAGCUUCUCCCCGGCGGCGACCUCCACCUCACCGCUGUGCAGGACACGGACAACUUCACGUGCUGGGCCCGGAGCAGCGCGGGCGUGGACAGCCUCACACACCAAGUUAUCGCCCUCACGCCGCCCGCCGCGCCCUCCCUCUCCCUCUCCCACGCCACCCACCACGCCCUCAACCUUUCCAUCACUCCCGCGGGUGACGGAGGCGCCCCGAUACUAGGCUACACCCUUCACCACCGGGGCCGCGCAGGGGAGUGGGUGGAGACGCCAGGGGACCCCGCGGGGCACAGCGUGAUGGUGCGGGGCCUGUCGUGCGGGGCGCCCCACCACCUCUACCUGACGGCCUGGAACACUCACGGCACCUCGGCCCCCAGCCCCGUCCUCGUCACCAGCACCCUCGGGAGCCCGCCGGGCCGUCCCAACCCCGCGUCCCUGGUGGAGGUGAACGCCACGUGCGUCACCCUGCGCCUGUACGUGUGGCCUGAGCACGGCUGCCCCGUCACACACUGGAAGGUGGAGCGGGGCAGCGAGGUGGGCGGCGAGUCCUGGACCACCCUGCACGCCCGCGUCACCCGCGACACAGGGGACCUGGGCCUGUGUGACCUCCACUCGGGGGCGUGGCACCUCCUCAGAGUGACGGCCGCCUCCACCGCCGGGGACACCUCUGUCCUGUACCGCGUGGCCACCAGGGACACUAACGGGGGCGCUAUCACAGCCCAGCCGGUUCAGGAGGUGGCGGUGAGUCGCGGCGGCGGGGCGGCGGGCUGGCUGGACGCCCACGUGGUGGCGGGCGUGGUGAGCGCCGUCCUGCUGGCGGCCGCUCUGGUGAUCUGCGUCUGUGUGGCGGUGAGGCGACAGCGCUACGGCGGCUAUAGGCAAGGGGGAAGUCUGGACACGAAGGGCGGGGGCGGCGAGGACGACAACGCCCGCAACUCUGAGCUGACCCGCGCCCACCUGUACUCCCCGACGCCCACUAAGAAGCCCCGCGGCUCCCUGGCGUCCCUCAAGACCCAGGACGACGCCUCGGACCCCUACGAGAUCUGCCCCUACGCCACCUUCAGCGUGGGGAGCUCGGAAGGUACUCUAGAGUACGGUCUGUCCCUCCACACCCUCACCCCGCGGGACUGCCUCGACACCCCCGACACCUACAGCGACCGCCACCCGCCGCAGUCCCCCACGUACGGCCAGGUGGGGCGGCAGAGGACACAGUCACACUUCAAGGAGACAGAGAUCGCCUACAUCAGCAGUCGUGGCCGCGGCGGGGAGUACGCGAGCCGCCCCAAGUCUCUGCCCGGUGGCGGCGCCCAGCCCGGCCUGGAGGUGGCCCAGACGCCGGCGGGGGCCAAGUGGGCUGAGGACGCCCGCAAGGACACCACCGGCGGCCGUCCGCACCGCUCCAGGAGCCGCUCUAGAGGUGACAUGCCGAAGCGAGACUCCAGCACUGAGAGCAACGACGCCUCCUCGCCCCUGCCGCAGCACCCCCACUACCAGCACCCCCAGGCCCAGCAGCACCGCCACCCGCACUUCCUCCCCCAGCAGCAGCAGCAGGGCGGGGCAGGGGGCGGCGCGGGGGUGAGAGCUGGCCCCCACCCCCUGCCACCUGUCCGCCAUGCCAGAGCCCAAAAUGAUUCUUCCUCCAGCGAUUCCUCUCCCCUCACCCCCCCGCGGCCCCUCCACCCCCCCUCCGCCUUCUCCGAUUCGAGGGAGAUGUCGGAGGCGGAGUGUGACCGGGAGCUUCGCCAGGGAGGAGGUGGAGGAGGAGGCGCAGCAGGCGGAGGAGGCCAAAGGGUAAGAGGGAAGGCGAACAGUGGAAAGUCAGCAGCGUCCAGCAACAAUAACAACAACAACGUAGCGAGUGAGUUGCUGAUGAUGCUGAGUCAGUACGAGCAGCAACAGCAACAGCAGGAACAGCAGCAGCAACAGCACCAGCAGCAGCAACACAGCGCGGCACAGCAGAAACUAGCUCAGCAGAAGACGGCCACAGCAACUAACUCGGCCACUUCGAAGGCGCCGUACAGCAUUAACGUGUAGAUCUCCCGGUCGAAGUAAAUAACAAAGAAAGUAUAAAUAAAAAAAACAAGAAGUACAAUGCCAAGGGUAAUAUGUUAUGGUGCUACGUAGAGAGAAGUAAAAACAAAAGACAAAUAAAUAAAUAAAAACUCCUCUUUCUAAGCAGACACGUGAACACCUUUUGAUCGACAAGACUGACUUAAGACAAAACUUCAAACAGACAACACACAAGAGUGGUCAGUGAUGGUGUAUACAGUGUGUCAUGGAUGUGUUGUCAAAGUGUUACAUGAUUACGCCUCUUCACUGUUUUCUUUUUUAAUUCUUUGUGUUUUCUUUUGUCACCUGUUUUCUUUGUUUUUUUUCCUUUUUAGUUCCAUUUUUCGAGUCUCGGUGUUGCUCUACCUGUGUCGUGUGCGUGAGGCUGUCUCUCCGUCUGUCUGUUUGUCGUCUCCGCGGCCCCAACCACGCACCACGCUGUUAUUGUGUUCCCGAGACAGCCGAGAAAAGAAAGAGGUGGAAGGAAGCAGAAGGAAGAAAAUACCAGGUUAGAGACAGUGAGAGCGAACGAAAGUGAGAGUGCGUGUAAGAGAAAUAUUUUACCUAAGCCUAUUUGUAACCCCACACAUCCUUUCCUCCUCAGAUGAAACCCCCCAUUCCCCAUCCUCCCUCCCACGUCCACAUGCCCCAUCACCCCCUACCCCCCAUUACACACACCUCCACCUGUUUGUGAUUAACGCUUACACUGUUCAUCGGAGAAAUGUGAAUAUAAUUAUUAAAUAUUGA